GACUGGCAGGUAAACAGUAAGAAAUCGUGGAUCUCCAAGUACAAAAGCGAACUGUAGUUUACCUCCGCGGCACUAGGUGGCUCCCUUAAACAAUUUUAUAACUACAGAAGAAGAUUCGAAAAAAACAUUGACAGAACCCGUUUGAUCCAGGAGUAUCCACGUGCACUGCAACGUAGCAAAAUAAACCCACGUGGUCCGAAAUUUAACUCUAGUGCAGAAAAAUUUCCAAAUAUUCAGGUCCGAACCCCACAAAGAGGUGAACCGCUUAGGAACUGCUCCGCAGCAAUGCAGGCUGACUUCCGCGCUCCCCGGCGGCGCGCGCGGGUUUACGAAGAACUGGAGGCUCCGCUGCCGGUCAUCCGGAGUCCCGGGGAGAAGUGCCGGUACCGGGCCGAGCUUAUCAACCAGCACGUGCUUGUCUGCCACCCCGAACAUAUCAGGAGGAUACACAACCAGGGUUUUUUUGGAAAAGGCAUUUUGUCAAGAGCGAGACCUGAUCACAGCAUUUCAGAAAAAUGGGAGGAACUCGAGGAUUUGUACCUUCCCGUUCUCUCUCAGGCCAGGUACGAAGAACUACUUGGGUGGGCAAAGACAAGUCUUUCUGCUCAGGGAUUGUCUGCAGAGGUCGUGGAUCAAACCCUUCACGAACUAACACAGAAAUUGGAGAUAGAGGAUGUGAGGCGUGAACUGAGGGAGGCUGAGGAGCCAAAGUCAGAGGAUGGAGUAUGUGACAACACAAAAAGUCUGGGGAUGGAAUCUGAGGUGGAGGAGCCUGAGGCCAAGAAACGCUGCAGGUCAGACUCACAGGACCUAAACUUGGACCAGAAUUCUGAGCCCAGCUCUGACUCUGAUCAAGACUCUGAACCGGAUCUUGGUUUUCGGGUUCCAGGUCCUGGUUUUGUGCUGGUAGUCCCUGAGAAUCAGAAUGAAGGUGGAGUCAGAGAAGUGAAGCGAAGCCCGUUGUCUCUAACUGAGUACCUGCAGCUCAGCUUGGAGGAGGCCUUUUUCCUUGUAUACAGUUUGGGCUGCUUGUCGGUGUAUCUGCAGCAGGAGCCUCUGUCAGUCAUCCAGCUGUGGCGAAUGUUCCGGUCUUUGCGUCCAGACUUCAUCAGCUCUUACGCUGCAUAUCAUCAUUUCCGAAGCAGGGGCUGGGUCCCCAAAGGAGGCAGCGGUGCCAAGUAUGGUGUGGACUUCAUGCUUUACAGGAAGGGACCUCCUUUCUACCACGCCAGUUACUCUGUGGUUGUAGAGCAAACUGAUGAUGAGUUUAGGGGCUCAACGCUGCGUCCGUUUUCAUGGCGUUCAUUUGCUGCCCUUAGCAGAAUUACCGCCAGCGUCUCCAAGGAGCUGAUGCUGUGUUACAUUGUGUAUCCUGGUGAGCUAAACGAGGCGGAGCUUGAUUCACCUGUAUGCCUGAGCAAGCUGAAGAUUCAGGAAGUGAUCGUCAGCAGGUGGGUUUCCUCCAAGGAGCGAGCCGAGCAAGAUGACGUCUGAUUGGCUAAUAGACAUUAAAUUGCAGAGGACAGUUUGGAGCCAAUCAGGAAUGUGGGUUAGUUGAUGAACUCCUGUCUGUGGAAUAUAAAAAUUAUAGCAGUCCAAAGUACUGCUUCACAUAAAAUGCAAAAAAAAAUUACAUUUGGAUUAGAGUUGGUAACUGUAACAUACAGAGAAGAAAUAUCAUCUUCCAUCAAAUUAGAACUUUAAGCUUAGUCCCCUCUGACAGCUUGAACACAAAAUAAUCUGCUCUUCUCUGUAUUGUGAUGUAUCAGAAAGAGUUCAAAAUGAAGAAGAUGACUGAAGUCUGAACUGUUCGUCUUCCUAUUCAAAUAUGUUGCUCUCUUUCUGACGAGGCUGCACGUGUUCUGCAUGUUCCAAGCAGCAAACCAGAUGUAAAUCAUCAGUUCCUGAAAGUUUGAAGGAGUUAAUAAAUAUAUACCGCAAUGCUUUCAUCAGUGAAAUAUAUUUUUGUGGUAACAAGUUCCUUGAUAUUUUUUUUUAUUCAGCACAACUAUUAUGUUUAAACUUCUAUAUUUUAUUUUUAUUAUUAUUUUGUUUUAAACUGACAAUAAGGUUUUAUAUGGCUGCAUGUAAAUACUGUAUAUCUUUGUAAGUAUUGUAUAAAUAGUUUGCUGAAUUUCUGAAAAUGAAAAAAUACAUGUGAAUAUGAUUAUUUCAAAUGUAUUUUAUAUUGUUAUUAUUUGUGCACUGAAAAAGAGAGGCAUCACAUAAUACGAUUUUAUUGUCUAUAUUGGUUCCAUCAAUCCCUUCAAGAAGAUGAAUGUUCCUCCUUAUUAGUGUAAUAAAAACACUUACACUGGAAAAAAA